UAGCCCGCAUUCCACGUAAUACUAUAUACUCGUAUUACUAACUUUAUCGAGAAACGACCACAAUCAAGUGCUAAAUAACCGGACUUAAUUAGUGCAACUUGUGCUUUUAAUGUGAUCAAUUACAUCAUUUAAUAGGGUACUGUGUAAUGACUUCAGUGCUCUAUCAAUUAAAGUUGCUGGUAAUUGCAUUGCUCUUUUUACUUCCAAUACAUUAAUUAAGAUCUUACAUGGGACCGGAACGCAUUAUUAAUGUAUGGAGUUUAUGAAACCCUCCGCUGGAUGGACUUAGUAGCCGUUAUUGAAUUUUAAAUGAGACCAGACAAUCUCGAGUUGCCGCUGUCAGCCCCUCGUGACACUAAAUCUAGUGUUUACGCUAUGAAUGAUCAAACUUUUCAUACACCAUCUUUCGGCGACGAAGAAUUCGAUAUCCCCUCCAUUCACGGGCAACAUGCGAACGGAGGCCAACCCCCUCACAUACAAUACAGCCAAAUGCAUCAUGCAGCGCCACAGGUGGGGAUGAUGAACCCCGCCCAAGACGGGCUGGCGCCGCCGGGUGGUGCUCCAUCGUACCAACAACCUCUGUACUUGCAGGAACCACACACACCAGUCACUUCACACAGUGGUGCUGGUGCCCCUGCAGGAAACUAUGUAAUUCAGCAGCAGCCAGGUGGGCAACAGAGGCUGCUGAUGAUGCAGCCAUCACAAGUAAUGAAUGGCCCACCAACCCCUAACGCAGGCACCCAGAACUCUGCCCCAGUCUACAGCUCGCCACAGAGGGCCUCCCCGCCUGGAACCACUAGUGACGACUCUGAUGACAGCGUGCCUUCUCAGCAUUCACAGUUGCCUGGUGAUGCGGAAAGCCUUCUGCCUAUCCAUUAUUGCUCAGCGAGCCGGCAGCAACAAACUACGCUUCAUCAGAUGGGUGCCGGCAACAUGGGUGUUAAAAGAUCAUCACCUGAACCGAUGGACAAUGGGAUGAAUCGUGGCCAGAUGCAAAAAAAACCAAAAGUACAAAAGAAAAAGAAAAAACGUGAUCCUAAUGAACCACAGAAACCAGUAUCAGCAUACGCAUUGUUUUUCCGAGAUACCCAGGCUGCAAUAAAAAGCCAGAACCCUAACGCAAGUUUUGGAGAGGUCUCCAAAAUUGUGGCUUCCAUGUGGGAUGGUCUUGAUUCUGAACAUAAAAGCGUAUACAAACAAAAAACUGAAGUAGCCAAGAAAGAAUACCUAAAAGCACUUGCUGCCUACAGAGCUAGUUUAGUAUCAAAGGGAGGUGAACAGGAAAGUCCAGCCAUGUUUAAUCACGGCAAUAAUACCAACUCGACAUAUGGAAAUUACUACCAAGGAGUACAAGGACAGACAUAUGGAAAUGGACAUUCGCCUCAGGGAUAUGUGCAAAAUGCAGCACCUCAGGGGUACACUCCGCAGAACUACCCUGGUGGACAGCCUCAGGCUGCUUAUACUGGUCAGCCUGCUCAGGGUUACCCACAAAAUCCACAGCAGACACCACAGAAUUACCAAGGCAACAUCGCACAUAACCCUGCUACAUACCAGGGUGUUCCAGGGCAAAACCCCCAAGGUUACCAAGGCAAUCCAACAACACCACCACAAGCAUGCCCACCCAACGUUACCCAAUCACCUAGGAACUACCCGCCAGCCCAGUCUCCCUCCCACUAUGCCCCAACCUCCGGCAUGGCUUCACCUCCGGGAUACAGACAAGUGUCCUCCCAAUCUCCGCCUAUGGGACAAGUUCACAGUGCUAUGCAAUACCAUCAUUCUCAGCAGCAAAUGCAACAAUCUCACCAACAACUGCAGUAUCAACAACAGCAACAGCAGCAUCAACAACAACAGCAGCAGCAACAUCAACAACAGCAGCAGCAACAAAUUCAACAGCAACAAAUUCAACAGCAACAGCAGCAAAUCCAACAUCAGCAGCUUCAACAACAACAACACCAACAACAAUCAGCACAACCCCAGCAGCAGCCCCAGAACCAAACUCUUAAACCUGAACCACAUUCUCCUAAUAGCAAUGGCAGUUCUGGCAUGCCUCAGCACUCUCCAGAGCAAAAUGAAAACGGAAGUACGCCAUCAUGCAUCCGUCAAGGUUGUACCAACCCAGCCAUAGCCAAUAGUGAAUGGGAGGAUGAAUAUUGCUCUAAUGAAUGUGUUGUCAGCCAUUGCAGGGACGUCUUCAGUUCAUGGGUGGCCUCUAAUAGCAACAACCAAAUGCAAAAUUUCUCAGCAGUAAAAUAAAGUAUGAAAUUUGUACAUAUCAAUGUUAGGCAAACUAUGUCCACCCUUAUAGGAGGUCACAGUGAAUCUUUUAGGAAUACAAAAAUAUUAUAUAUUAGUUAAUUGAUCAAGGUACGAUUAUUUAUUGUCAUCUUAUACGUUAUUAAUAUUAAACUGGAAGGUAAAUAAGAGCAUUCCAUGAGUUACAUACAUCAUGUUAGGAGUACAUUUAUAAAUCUAAUAAGUGAUGCUCAUAAAUUUGUGGUUUAAUUUAUACUUUAUUUUGGUUCAACUACCUAUUCAUUUGUGGCCACCUAAAUAAAAAAAUAUAACGGGUAUAAAGGAAAACGGCGAAAUGUACGAGCGUCAAUAUUAUACCCUCAUUUGCUUUAUAAAGAAUAAUACCUACUCAAGCUAGACAUUAUAAACUGCCAUAGAAUUUAUGGAAUUUUAUGUAUGUAUAAACUAUUAUUGGAAGAAAUAAAUUGUAAGAAGUCAUAACACUCCUCGGAGGGUAAACUGACAGCAGUUUAAAAAAAAUGCGAUUUAAAGUAAGGAUAAAAAUGGGGAUGUGUUUAAAAUUUUGUGUCACAUUGCGGUAAUUUCAUGAUAGUACUCCCACAAUGCGUCAGUUUUCUCUUAAGAGGCCCACUGAUUACCAGUCCGCCGGACGAUAUCGGCCUGUCAGUUGUACGGAACUGUCAAAUUUUUGUUCUAACUGGCAGGCUGAUAUCGUCCGGCGGACUGAUAAUCAGGGUAUCGCAUUUUGGAUACUGUACAAAUGUUAACUAUUUGCAUUUAUGUUUUAUUUUUAUUUUGCUAUGUUUAUGGUACAUUCCGCAAGCCACUUACUUAUCCAUAGUUUCCAAUACAUGGACAUUUCUAUCGUAAUAUCUUUUUUAAGUUCCGUAUUGUUGACUUCCAAAACUAGAUAACUCCAUCAAAAAACUUUUUUCAUAAUACCAUUGUUAUUCAUUACAUCCACGUAUUUUACUCGUAGUCAUAAAGAAAGCGGAAAGCCUCUGGUCGUGUAUAAAUAGCGAAGUCUAAAUGAAUCUAGAGUAGGUUGAUGAAUUAAGAUCGUACAAAAUUCAAGCAAUCUUUUAGUCGAAUUAUGUUCCUAUACAGUAAUUAUAAAUACUAUCAAAAGUGCAGAAAACUGAAUCAGAAGAGGAAUAAAGAAAGAAUGUAUUAUAAAAUACAAUGUCGACGAGCCAAUAAAACGAUUGUACGCUUUCUGAUUUCAUACUACUUUUAUAACUACCUAUUAUAAAUAUUACACAUAAUGUAAUAUUUCUAGAUGGAACCUAUUACUCACUAGUAGUCUGCAAGACACAGUAGUAAAAUUUGGCGUAGUAACUAUGUUGGCAAUAUUUUACAUUAGGCCUUUGUACUACGAUAAAAAUGUUUUUCCUUGUUGUAAAUUAUUAGGUAAAAUGGGGCAAUAAAACCAAGAGUGCGUUAAUUCAAUUAAUGUUACUUACAUUACAAACCCUUUACACUCUCAUUUUGGUUUCAUAAUGUUCAACUAAAUUAUCUUAGAUAUCAAUCCCUUAGUAUUCCGCCGCCAAAUUCAAAUAACAGUAAAAAUGUUAACUUUCAAUUUCAUUUAUUCUUUCUAAGGAAGUCUUUGUCGUAUUUGGUUUAAUCAAUAUUUAAUUCAUGCAAAUGUUGUUAUACCAAUUGUAAUAAUGUAUUUAAUACAUUGUAAAUGUUUCAUAAAUAUUCAUAACAUAAUGAUAAAAUUAUAGCAAUAUCCGACAAUUGUUUACUAGAAAUUUGAUUUUGUAUAGAAUUUAGCUGGACCAAAAUUUUAUUUGAAUAUGAAGGGUGAUGAUAUUUAUAAGAUACUACAAAUCAAAUGUCUAUUGUAUGAUAUUCGAUACAAUUUGUAAAUAAAACCUGCAAUAAUAGAAGUAAUAGAAAUUACAUAAAGCAUAAUAAUUAUUCUAAUUUUAUGUUUUUUAUUAUAUAGUAUUGUUAGAAUUAAUUACUAGGAGCAAAUUAUCUUUAUAAAAUGUACCAUAUAACAAUGUAUAAAAUGUAAUUAGAACAAUUAUUUCAUUAAAUUUCUUAAACAAUAAGCUA